AAUUGGCAUAUCAUUUCCGGCAUGUGUCAGUAACAGACGACGGGAUUCUCCGCUCAAGUUUUCUUCCUCAUUACCUUUGAAUGAUAAUAGAAGGAUGGGUAAUUGUUGUGACAGAUGCUUGGGGAGAUUCGACCGAAGGAAAUACUUGCGAACAAGAUACAAUAUUGAAAAAGAUUUCUCCAUUGAAUUCGACCAGCUGAUUGACAAUGAACAACACGCUGACGAACUUUGCAACGUAGUCACGGAUGAAGAAAAAGCAUUAGUAAAAGCCAAACGGUUCAACGACCUCGUCGCUCAUCAGAAAUUAUUAGAUAGAGAAAUUGAAAGAAACCUUGUCAAACAAGAAGAAGAAUUAAGAAUGGAGGAAGAGGCCUUCUACGAAGCGAAAAGAGAGGCUGCCAGAGUGGCUAAAGCUCAGAAAAUGAAGGAACAAAAAGUGAAAAAUACUUCCAAUUGGCUCGGGGACGAAAAAGAAGACUGGGACGUAGCUGGUGAAGAAGAUUUUGAAACGUUUAUGGAAAGUGUAAAAGCUCGCUCAUUGGCCGCAAGAACGAGAGCUAUUGCCUCCCAAGUGCCUGUCGACACGCAAAGCACAACUAGUAGUUUGACUAAGGAGCGAGUACUCUCAGAAUCGAGCUCAAUCGAUUUGGAGUGGGAACACGAAGAAGGUAUGGAGCAAUUAGCCCAAAGUCGGGCAGGGAAGAAGAAGAAUAAUGACUUAAAUGCUGACUUGGCGGAACUUUCUGUUAAAGUACUCAAAGCCAAAGUCGAUUCGUCCGGUGGUCAGACUUUUUUAAAUAAUUUUACGACAACCCCUGAUACCGAUGAAGAUGCCGCAGAAACUAGGACGCUACUAGCCAGAAGCAAUUCAGCCGAUGAGGAAGUCGACCGAUAG